AUGGGGACUACUGGAGACGACAUGGCUUCUGUGGAGCAGAAUGCCUCCUUGAACCCUCUGUGCUUUGAGUGUGGCCAGCAGCACUGGACAAGGGAGAACCACCUCUACAACUACCAGAAUGAAGUGGACGAUGACCUGGUCUGCCACAUUUGCCUUCAGCCCUUGUUGCAGCCAUUGGACACUCCUUGUGGACACACUUUCUGCUACAAGUGCCUAAGUUUUUUUCUGCAUUUUAAACUCUGCAAAAAAUCCAGCAUUCUUGUUCAUAAACUGUUAGACAAGCUAUUUGUUUUGUGCCCCUUCUCUUCUGUGUGUCAGGAAGUCAUGCAGCGAUGUGACCUGGCAGCACAUCUCAAAAACAGGUGUCCCGGCGCUUCUCACCGGAGGGUAGCUCUGGAGAGAAGGAAAACGAGCAGGCUGCAAGCAGAAGUGGAGGGGGAGAGUGGUCCUGGUGGGACGGAGCAGCCUGGCCGUGUGUCUCCAGAUGCAGAUCAGGGAGUAGUGCCAGCCGAGCAGAACUUCUCCUCACCUUCGCUUCCCUCGUGGACAGAUGAGCCCAGCAUCGACAAUCCACCUUUUGAAGAGAACACAGUAGCAGACACAAAUCAACAGCCACCUACCUUGCCUGAAGGAGAGAUCACUACUAUUGAAAUUCAUCGAUCCAAUCCGUAUAUCGAAUUAGGAAUUAGCAUAGUGGGUGGCAAUGAAACACCUUUGAUCAACAUUGUCAUUCAAGAGGUUUAUCGAGAUGGGAUCAUUGCCAGAGAUGGAAGACUUCUUGCUGGAGACCAGAUACUUCAAGUAUGGAGCCUAAUUAUGUAUUCUGUCUGCUUGCUUUCCAUUCACUCCCUGCAGAACUGCCUGUCACAGCCUUGUCAUGAUCUAAGGAAGACAAGUGUAAGAGACCAGGAGAACAAAAAUCGCGCGCACGGCGCGGCGGACGGCGCGGGCUCCCCGCGGGAGGACAGCUUCCAGGUCACCCUGCACAAGCGUGACUCCAGCGAGCAGCUGGGCAUCAAGCUGGUCCGUAGAACAGAUGAGCCGGGAGUUUUUAUCCUCGACCUGUUGGAAGGGGGGUUGGCUGCUCAAGAUGGCAGGCUCUGCAGCAACGACCGCGUCCUGGCCAUCAAUGGACAUGACUUGAAGCACGGAACACCUGAGCUUGCGGCUCAGGUUAUACAGGCUAGUGGGGAGAGAGUGAAUUUGAUUGUCUCUAGAGCUCUGAAGUCACAGACCGUCAGUAUUAUCCGAGACACGGGGACUCACAGUAGCAGCCCUCACCAACACCAGUCCCAGCAGCUGUUUCACAGCCGACCCAACUCACAUAAGGAUCUCUCCCAGUGUGUUACAUGCCAAGAAAAGCACAUUACGGUGAAAAAAGAGCCCCUUGAAUCUCUGGGAAUGACAGUGGCAGGAGGCAGAGGCAGCAAAAGUGGCGAGUUGCCCAUCUUUGUUACCAGCGUGCAGCCGCACGGGUGUUUGGCAAGAGACGGCAGGAUUAAACGAGGUGACGUGCUGCUGAACAUCAAUGGCAUUGACUUGACUAACCUAAGUCACAGCGAGGCAGUGGCCAUGCUGAAAGCAAGUGCUGUCUCUUCGGUGGUCGCCCUGAAAGCCCUGGAAGUCCAGAUUGUAGAAGAACAGCCCCAGGCUAAUGAAGAGCAAUUGAGUACCAUCAGUGAAAAUGAGUAUGAUGCCAGCUGGUCACCAUCAUGGGUCAUGUGGCUAGGACUUCCAAGCUGCCUACAUAGCUGCCACGACGUUGUGCUACGGCGGAGCAAUUUAGGGAGCUGGGGUUUCAGCAUUGUUGGUGGCUAUGAGGAGAACCACACCAACCAGCCUUUCUUCAUUAAAACAAUUGUUCUUGGAACUCCUGCAUACUUUGAUGGAAGAUUAAAGUGUGGUGAUAUGAUUGUUGCUGUAAAUGGACUAUCUACAGUUGGAAUGAGCCAUUCUGCACUGGUUCCCAUGCUGAAGGAGCAGAGGAACAAAGUGACUUUAACGGUGAUUUGCUGGCCUGGAAGCCUCAUAUAGAUUUGUGAAUCACUUCAGUUGAAGCAGCUUCUUUUUCUAGAUAGCUGGCAAAAAAAGUCUCCUCUUAUUUUCCCUAUUGAUACAGCUGGUUAUAAGCAGGGCCAAAACUGCUGUAUUUUCUUUUUUUUUUUCUUUUUGAUGAGCCUCUCAGAAGUCACUCUGUAUGUCUUUCCAUCCUGAAAUAGCCAUUUCUGUUUGCUGUAUCCGUUGCUGACGCAAGUGCAAAUAUACAUGAACUCA